AUGACUACCAUCCUUACUACGAUUGUAUCCGUGAUUAUGAGUUUCUAUCAUCAACAGAAACUUAGGAUGUGCAUAAAAAGACUUGCUGCUGUAAAUGAUACUUUGGAACAAUUGGGCACUCCAAAGGCGUAUCGAAAGAUGCACAUGUAUUCGAAACAAGUAAGAUUUGAAAUAUGCCUGAAAAGGUUUGCUAUUGUGGAUGAUACUUUGGAAGAAUUGGGCACUCCAAAAAUGUAUAUCGGUAACAGAUUUGACAAAAUAAACGAGCAUAUGCAAUGUCUGGUGGUGAAAGAGGAGUACAAAUUUAAACGUACAUGGAAGAAACCUGUUGCCGGUCUACAUCGAUAUACUUUAUGUACUCACGAUUACAAAACAACGUUUUGGGUCUUAAUGCAUCUUCAUUUAGAAUUAUGUCGCAUCGCUCGUGAAUGGAAUUCGAUGUUUGGAAUGCAAAUAACUUUAGAAAUGACAUCCUACUUUGCAAGCAUAUCAACAAUGUGUUACGGCUUAUUCGUGAUGCAAGUGCAGGAACAUCGAGAACAAAUACCAACAUACACGUGGAUUAAUGUUAUAUACUGGACUUCCACAUUAAUAGUGAGACUCUACAUCAUAAAUCACAUUUAUGAGAGUAUUAAAGUUAAGUUUAAGAAAAUCGACAAGAUAAUUCAUCAACUAACAAAUAUUCUUCAAUAUGCUGACAUUUGGAAGGAGAUUUAUCAAUUUUCAUUGCAAACAAUGUAUCAUCCGUUGGAGUUUACUGCAAUGAAUCUUUUCCAUUUUGGCAAUGACUUUCUUCGAAAGUUUUGCAUGACGGUUCUAACUUACGUCAUUAUCAUGGUGCAAAUGUCUGUAGCAAUGGAAUAA